CGUGGGUUUUUGUUUAUGUCUGUCAUGUCUCCUCCCUGUUCCGUCAUUGGCUGGGAAGUCACGUGUGUCCGGAUUACCCUCAGCUGUUAGCAGUUGCGAGGGUAAUCAUGUCCGCAUAUAUACCGCGCGCUUCCCAGCACACAACGCGGAAGAUUAAGUAAGUAAUUCCUGCCUAGCCCCGUGUAUACCUGUUUGCCAAUCGCCUGACCUCUUGCCUGUUUAUGAAUUACGUCUUGGAUCACGUUUUGGAUUUGUCUGCCUGUCUGUCUUCUAAAUAAACACUGUUCAUCCUGCGCUUGCAUCCGCCUUAUCUCUGCUCCGUCACGAUUUGUGACAGAAUCUUCCGCCGAAACAUGGAUGCAGCAGGAGAACGGAGGAGACGCGGAACCCGGAAAUCGACACCAACCGUCCCCGCUAUGGACUCCGUCCACUUCCCACAAUAGACAUUUAUGGAGCUUCCGGACCCAUUUGACGGAUUUUUCGGUGCCCCAGAGUAUUUCCUGGUAGACUGUCAAUACUACUUCGCCAGUCUGUUAGACUAGACCCGAAGCCAGAGGAGAAGCAAUGGCUCCGAUUUAUGUGGUCCCGGUUCUUUGGACCGGCCCGUCAAUGGGUUCAGCUCAAACUGGAGAAGCACUGUAGGAACCUGGACGGUGUAGAACAGUUUGUGGGGGAUUUCAUAUUGCGAUUCGGGAGUCCGGAGGCGAAGGAGGAGCUAGAACAACUUCUCAGGGGUGUAAGUCUGGAAGGCGAACCUGCCCUGCCGUUUACCCACUACUACAGGCAAUGUCAUACAGAGCUCAACCCUGAGAUCCAAGCCAAGCCUCCAGUCAGGAAAGUCCAAGUCCCAGUCAAGUCUCACGUCCCUGAUGUCCAAGUCCCAGUCAAGUCUCACGUCCCUGAGAUCCAAGUCAAGCCUCCAGUCCCUGAGCUCCAGGUCAAGCCUCCCGUCCCUGAGAUCCAGGUCAAGCCUCACGUCCCUGAGAUCCAGGUCAAGCCUCCCGUCCCUGAGAUCCAGGUCAAGCCUCCAGUCCCUGAGCUCCAGGUCAAGCCUCCCGUCCCUGAGCUCCAGGUCAAGCCUCCCGUCCCUGAGCUCCAGGUCCAGCCUCCAGUCCCUGAGCUCCAGGUCCAGCCUCCAGUCCCUGAGCUCCAGGUCCAGCCUCCAGUCCCUGAGCUCCAGGUCCAGCCUCCAGUCCCUGAGCUCCAGGUCCAGCCUCCAGUCCCUGAGCUCCCGUUCAAGGCUGCUGACACGCACAGCCAAGCUCUGCUCACGCCACAGCCCGCCUGUUCAGCUGAGGACGCCGCUCAGCCUCCCUGUUCAGCUGUGGACAUCGCUCAGCCUCCCUGUCCAGCUGAGGACGUCGCUCAGCUUUCAUGCUCCGCCGAGGUUUUCGCUCAGCCCGCCUGCCCGGCUGUGGACGUCACUCUGCCUUCAUGCUCCGCCGAGGACUUCGCUCAGCCCGCCUGCCCGGCUGUGGACGUCGCUCUGCCUUCAUGCUCCGCCGAGGACUUCGCUCAGCCCGCCUGCCCGGCUGUGGACGUCGCUCUGCCUUCAUGCUCCGCCGAGGACUUUGCUCAGCCUGCCUGCCCGGCUGUGGAUGUCGCUCCGCUUCCCUACGCCGCCAAGAACACCGUGCAGUUUCCUGGCUCUGCCUGGGACAUUCAGUCCAGGGGGCCGGGUCCGCCAAUUAAAUGGGAUGACUCAUGGCACUCCGGGAGGAGUGCCUUUAGGGGGGGGUUCUGUCACGAUUCCCCCUUGAAGCAGCGUGCUCGAAGCGCGAAUGCGCGAGCACCUGCUUUUCCGCUGUUGACCGUAGGGACAUCGGAACACGUGGGUUUUGUUUAUGUCUGUCAUGUCUCCUCCCUGUUCCGUCAUUGGCUGGGAAGUCACGUGUGUCCGGAUUACCCUCAGCUGUUAGCAGUUGCGAGGGUAAUCAUGUCCGCAUAUAUACCGCGCGCUUCCCAGCACACAACGCGGAAGAUUAAGUAAGUAGUAAGUAAUACGAAGUGUAUGUUUGGUGUUAGUGUAGUCAUAGUCAUAGUCAUAGUCAUAGUCAUAGUCAGUUCGUGCUGGAUAUCCGCUUCCAGUUAAUCGUCAUAGUUUGUUUCUUGUUUUGGUUAUCGACCUAGAUUCCUGCCUAGAACCGUGUAUACCUGUUUGCCAAUCGCCUGACCUCUUGCCUGUUUAUGAAUUACGUCUUGGAUCACGUUUUGGAUUUGUCUGCCUGUCUGUCUUCUAAAUAAACACUGUUCAUCCUGCGCUUGCAUCCGCCUUAUCUCUGCUCCGUCACGAUUUGUGACACAAGGAGAAAAUUAAAUUAGAAAAUUAAUUAACAUGAAGCAGAGGUGGCCUGAACACAACCCCAAAGCAUCCACAAAGCAAAGAUUUUAAGGUAUUAAGCUUUAAAAUGAAUAAUAUUAUUUUUCAGAUGUUAUGAUAAUUCAUAAUAUACAACCAUUGAUUCAAUUAUAAUAAGAUUAUUUCUUGAUUAAAAAGUAAUGAGCAUAUCAGACUUUACACAUAUUAUAUGGUGAAUGAGAUAACCUACAGUAUCAGCACUUAUCACUGGCUUUUUGCUUCACAAACACAUUUCCAUCACUCAUCAAUUUCUAGCUCAGUUUGGUAUCAUUUGCCAUGCUGUGCCCUAUGAUUUUUUUUCAAUCUACAACAAAAAGAACACAAAUAAAUUGGAUAGCAUAUAAUCAAAGGUCAAAGCUAGGAUGCAAAAUGUAUGACAUCAAAGUUAUGCUGAUGUACAAGUAGGUUGUAGAAUGAUACAAAGGACUGAAGUUGACAACCUUGGGUUCAUUGAACUGGUUUGAACUUGAAUUGAACUUUACAUUACUUUAGAGGGAAACACUUUGAUACUUGGCAUCAUUUGGAAAUUUUCAGAGGAAGUAUACAGGUUUCUGUUCUAAAUAAUAAUGUACUGGUACUACAGAAACAAAUCUUAGAAAGGCAAUUUUUAGUCAGAUGUUUCAAUAAAAUGAUCAGAAUUUUUUGUGUCCCUGAUUGCUUUGGGAUUCCAUUUCUAUAACAUAGUAAUUUGUACCAUAGUACGGUGUUUCCCAACCUUUUUUCAAUCACGGCACCCUUUGAAAAUUUUCAAAAAUUUGUGACACCCUACACAAACGCUAAUUCUAGACAGUAUUAAGCCUGGUUUAUAUUCAAUGCGUCCGCAAUAGCACGAGGGAGCUCGUGGCAAAAAUGACGUCAUUGCAGAGUGGGCAGUCGAGCACAUUGAUCGCAUGAGGCCUCAUUUCUUGUGGCGGUUUGCAUGGCAUUUUUUGUAACUUUCUGCGCAGGGCCACAUCCGAAAAUGAAUAACUUCAAGACAACUCUUGCCAAAAGGUACGAUUGUACAGGUAUCUCUAUGAUCCAUCCAUGCGGGACCAUAGAGAUAGCCAAAUGGCACAAAAUGCAUGGAAAGGUUUUUUAAAAAUAGUGAUUUCUAUUUGCUUUUUGAAAGAAUAAAGCCAAAGCUGAAAGUUUUUUUGGGUGUGCACAAUGUUUUCAUUCAUCAGUAUCUUCACAAAUGAACACUACACAAUACACAUUUUAACAUUUUAGAAAUGUUUGAAAGAUUUUUACAGGGCACUCUUGCUCUCAUUAGAUGGCACCCUGGGUGGGAAACACUGUACUAAUUAACAACUGGAGAAGAAAAUCACAUACUUUUUUUACCAGAAAAUAAGGACAAUAUUUUCUCUUGGACCAAAAAUGGGAAAAGAUAGGCCACUAUUUGUAAAAACAUACAUAAAGGGUUUUAUUGCUUGCUUGUUUUUGUUUUUGUUUUUUUGAGGGGGGUAGGUUGUCUCUAGUACAAUCAGUGUAUUCUGCAAGUCACUUUUUCUUCAGUGGUGUAGUUGAACAAAGCUGUGCAAAAUCUGGAUGUUAUGCUAUGGGUCUUGUCUCUAUAGUGUCAGGUGGUAGAGAUGACUUUUUAUUAAAAACUGAUAUUUAAUUAUUUGACUACUGAGCCUGUAGUCAAACUUAUUGUCUAAAAAGUCAACAAAGGUAUCAGUUCACAUACUGAUCUUAGAUAUCACUGUCUCAAAACAUGUUUUGUUUUGUUGUUUUUAAUAAAAUAAUAAACAAAACUUCAUAUGAGGGCCUUUGACCUUUAACUAAAACUAAAAGUCAUUGUUACAUACAAGAAUGUUAUGUCAUAGCAAAAUGUAAAUAGUUUUUUUAAUUGUGUAUUUAGACCCCAAUGGAAUGUUACUACUAUAUUUUCAGAAAGACAGUGCAGAUUUAUGUUAUGUCCAUGUGCAUUAUUGCAAUUACAUGUUAAUUAUAAUGUGCAGUAUAUUAUGUGUGAUAGUUAUCAAUUUCAGUACAGCACAAUGCAAUGCAAUACAGUGCACACAAAUUUAGGAGUAGUGAUUAAAACUAAUCAAUUUAUAAACAGUUGUAAUAACAACGAAGUAGACCCAGAAUGUCAGCCAAGUGUCAGAUUGCAAAAAUACAAAACAAAACCCAGCUCAAUCACCACAUAUUCUGCUUUGCCUUUGCUCAUCUCAUAGCCUGUUUUAUCUUGGAGUUAUGCUUAGGCCAUUUUCUUCGAUAUCUUGAGGUUGUUUAAAAAAAAAAAUACAACAAAAACUUACUUAAGUGUUACAGUUGAUUACAAUGUUAGUGUGUUGAUAUAUCGACAUUUAUGUAUAACCUGACUGAGGUUCCAUCUUAAUGCUAUUCACAGUGUGACUAAAACUGAAAUGUAUUUGAUUUCUGAUAGCAUAAAAUGUUAUAAUUAAUAAAAACAUCAUCAACAGCCAUAAUGUAGUUUCUAUACCAAUUAAAUGUUUUUUACGUGCCUAAUAAAAUAUCAAAUAAUAAAAAUCUGUUAUUGA